GCCAUGCAGAUCUUCGUGAAGACCAUGACGGGCUUGACUGUCCCAUUGGACGUUGACGGCACAGACACCAUCGACAACGUGAAGGAAAAAAUCCGCUCGAUAUGGGGCAUCGGUGCAGACGAUCAGAUGUGGGAAGUUUGUUCGCAUUAUCAGCACCUGAUGGACAUGUUGGCUUCUUCUUCUUCAGAGUCGGAGAACGCGAUUUCGGAUGAGGAGAACGCGAGUUCGGAAGAGGAGGAGGGUGUCCACGAUGAUCUCUUGGAUGAUAAGGGCAAUAAA